AAAAAAAUCAGUGCAUCGUACUCUUUACAAGUAGCUUGCAAAAGCGGCAGCAGCAGAUUCUUACAAUUCUGUGGGUCUCGUGGUGGUGCCACUGCAACAAAAACAACUCCAGAGCAGCCUUGCCUUUUUAGCACCAUCACAACCACUGCAAUCUCAUGGGUUCCUUGGACACAACCACCCCAACAGGAUCCCGGUCCAACAUGGAGCAAUUUCUUUGUGAACGGUUGGUCGACCAGACCCAGCCUAUCUACGAGCGCUUUAGAGCUCUCUUCUCUCUCCGUAACCUCAAAGGCCCUGAAGCCCGCAACGCCAUCAUUCACGCAACAAGGGAUUCUUCAAAUUUGCUGGCCCACGAGGCUGCCUUUGCGUUGGGUCAAAUGCAAGAUGCUGAAGCUAUCCCUGCUCUGGAAGCAGCUCUAAAUGAUCUUUCUUUGCAUCCUAUUGUCCGCCAUGAGGCUGCUGAAGCUCUUGGUGCAAUUGGCUUAGAGAGUAAUGUUCCUUUUUUGAAGAAUAGUUUGACUAAUGAUCCGGCUCAGGAGGUUAGAGAAACUUGUGAACUGGCUCUCAAGCGAAUUGAGGAAAUGAAUUCUACAGGCAAUGUUGAUGGAUCAUCAGUAGCAGAAAAAUCACCCUUUAUGUCUGUUGACCCAGCUGCACCAGCUUCGUUUUGCUCUUCUGUUGAUGAGCUGAGGGGAGUUCUUCUGGAUGAAAAAAGAAGCAUGUAUGAGCGCUACGGUGCUCUUUUUGCACUUCGGAAUCAUGGUGGGGAUGAAGCUGUUUCUGCUAUAGUUGAUUCUUUGGCUGCAAGUAGUGCAUUGCUCAAGCAUGAGGUUGCUUAUGUUUUGGGCCAAUUGCAAAACAAAGUUGCUUCCGCUGCACUUUGUAGAAUACUUAGAGAUGCAAAUGAACAUCCAAUGGUCAGACAUGAGGCUGCCGAAGCUCUUGGUUCCAUUGCAGAUGAGCAAAGUGUUGCACUUCUUGAGGAAUUUUCAAAGGAUCAUGAGCCUCUGGUUGCGCAAAGCUGUGAAGUUGCUCUGAGCAUGCUAGAAUUUGAAAGAUCAGGAAAAUCAUUUGAGUACCUCUUCAUGCAAGACCCUCUCGUACAAGCUUAAAUUAACUGCACCUCUUCAUGCAAACUUCACCACUUAUACACGUUACAAGUUUUGUUUUUUAUCUAGUCAAUGGAUUCCUUCUGCGAGGCAGUCUUUUUGGGAUCGUAAGUUGGGAAGGGUGUCAUGGAUCAUACAGAGACCCGUCCUCUUCAGGGUCAUGGCCUUGCUGAUUUAUUUAUAUAGGGAUUAUAUAAUAUAUUGAUGCGUGGGAAUAUGAUUUGUUCAAGUUUGUCACAAAAUAAAGAUUGCUUAUUUUAGUCCUUUUAUGUACAAGCGGGAGACAUCUCCAUCUUGCAACCUCUUGUGCAUUCUUUUAUGUAUGAUAAUGUAAGAGAAAACACUAUCUUGAGAA